CUCAAGCUAAAUUUAAAAGCUGCUUGCUAAAUAAGAGCAAUUGAGAAUUUGUGUCAUUCAUAAUCCGAUUAGUCGAUUAAUCGUUUCAAUAAUCGGUGACUAAUCGACGAUCAGAAUAGUCGUUAGUUGCAGCCCUAUUCAUCAUAAUAAAAGUCUGCCACAAAAGACAAUGAUUGAAUUAAAGCGGGAGAUCCAAGACCUGAAAGAAGAGAAGGCCAAUUUGAGGGAGUUGCUUGUUCAAGAUGUGCCUGAACUCCUAAAGACCAUGAAGAAUGUAAUUGAUUUGGCUGAACCUCCUAAGAGAUCCAGUUCAGAGCUGACCACACCACGACUGCCCCCCCAAAGUUCUCCGCAGUCCAGGCCUGGUUCAUCAUCUGCAGAUUCACUGCUGUCCCUCCCCAGAUCUUCACCGUCCAGCUCCACAUCAGAGUCUGUCAUUCCAUCGUCCAAGGUGGAGAUCCAUCCUUGGACUGGAGUCAUGGUAGAGAAACUGGCGUGGGCCUAUGCAGUCAAUGGAAAUUCGGCAACAGUAUUUGUGAGGCAUCUGCUCACAGCAGUCUUCCCAGUGGAGAUACUGCUGGUGAGCAAUCUUCGAGGGGGGAAACGAGGCAGAGGAGAUGCUCGUCUACCUCUGGACAAAAGGAAACUGGAUGCUAUCUACAGUGCAACGCUUGAGAGGUGGCCUGGGACCCAGCCCUCCAGCAUUGGCAGCACAAUCAACGGCAAGAUCACAGAGCUCCGUGCCAAAAGUAAAAUUGUUACAACACCCCCUUAAAACCACAAUCAUUAUCCACCUGGAAGCAACUGUUACUGUUACAGUGUCACAUUUGUAGCCAAGUUUUACCUGUCAGAGGGAAAUUGUUUUAAAUGGGCAGGUUUUUAUCCCUCCCUAGUUUUUCCUAUGUUGAUGUUCAUUAUAAUAUCAGUUCACUGCAAUUA